CCGCCGCCCGCCUCUCAGCGCUUGGGGGUAGGGUGAGACGGGGAGGCUCCUUCGCCAAAGCCUAAAGCGGAUCAAAGUAGGGGCGACCGGAGGCGGUGAAGGUGAAGGCUUUCGAGGACUCUCCCUGAUCUGGGCUGAUUCUCUCCUGCCCCACCCUCGGUGCUGCUUCUCCCUCUCCCCGGAGCCCUGUUGCUUCCGCCGCCGCCACUGCCCCCACUCCCACCCGGAACCCGUCCACUAUGGAGAAGACCGAGAUGAUCCAGAAGGCCAAGCUGGCCGAGCAGGCCGAGCGCUAUGACGACAUGGCCACCUGCAUGAAGGCGGUGACCGAGCAGGGAGCUGAGCUCUCCAACGAGGAGCGCAACCUGCUCUCGGUGGCCUACAAGAACGUAGUCGGGGGGCGAAGGUCAGCCUGGAGGGUCAUUUCCAGCAUUGAGCAGAAAACUGACACCAGUGACAAGAAGAUGCAGCUGGUCAAGGACUACCGGGAGAAAGUGGAGUGUGAACUAAGAUCCAUCUGCACCACGGUCCUGGAAUUGUUGGAUAAGUUUUUAAUAGCCAAUGCGACUAAUCCAGAGAGCAAAGUCUUCUAUCUGAAAAUGAAGGGAGACUACUUCCGGUACCUUGCUGAAGUAGCAUGUGGCGAUGACCGAAAACAAACAAUAGAUAAUUCCCAAGGAGCUUAUCAAGAAGCAUUUGACAUCAGCAAGAAAGAGAUGCAACCUACACAUCCAAUUCGCCUGGGGCUAGCUCUUAACUUUUCUGUAUUUUACUACGAGAUACUUAAUAACCCAGAGCUUGCCUGCACAUUGGCUAAAACGGCUUUUGAUGAGGCUAUUGCAGAACUUGAUACACUGAACGAAGACUCCUACAAAGACAGUACCCUUAUCAUGCAGUUGCUUAGAGACAACCUAACAUUAUGGACAUCAGACAGUGCAGGAGAAGAAUGUGAUGCUGCAGAAGGUGCAGAAAAUUAAAAUUCAUACAGGGUAUCAUCUUCCUCUCUCUCAAGAAACCUUUUUACACGUCUCCAUUCCUUAUAGCUCCACUUGGAUUUCCUAUAGCAAAGAAAACCCAUCCAUGUGUAUGGAAAUCAAUCGUUUAUAGUCUUUUCACACUGCAGCUUUGGGAAAACUCCAUUCCUUGAUUUGUGUUUGUCCUGGCCUUCCUGGUGUGCGGUUACUGCUGUAGAAAAGUAUUAAUAGCUUCAUUUCAUAUAAACAUAAGUAACUUCCAAAACACUUAUGAGGACUAAAGUGUAUCUGGUAUUUAAAAAUCUGAACCAGUUCUGCAAGUGACUGUGUUUUGUAUUACAGUGAAGAUAUGAAAAUGUAGUUAAAUACAACUCAAGUGUUUUACAUAGCUUCCCCCCACCUACCCCCUAUAUUACCACCUUAUUUUUCCAGUGUUUUCCUUUCAGCAAACAACUUUCACAUGCUCUUCUUAUAUAUUCCUUUUAAGGAGAAAUCUGGAAGUAUUGGGUCAAAUGGAAACAAGUUUGGCAUUUUAGAGUUAGGGAUCACAAAUUGAAAUAUGCCUACUGUAAAAUACGUCCUGUGACAGCACGAAGUUUUCUUACUCUCCAGUGGCUGCUGUUUCAUUUGACAGUUUCCCUGUCUCAAUAAAAGUUCACUCACACUCCUGCCUUUGUAGUUCUGGUGUCCGCUUUACUAUGUAAUAGAAGUAGCAUGUAACUACCAGAAUACAAGUGUUACUUUUUGGCAAAUUAAAGUGCAUGUCAUUUCUUAAUACACUAGAAUGGGGGAAACCAUUGGAAAUACACGAGUCCAGGCCUAACAUUUUUAGUACUUUUCCAUGCAGAUUUGUGCACAUGUGAGAGGGUGUCACGUUUGUCCAGUGAUCGUUACUUAGAAAGUUUGGACCACUAUUGUGUGUUGCUAAUCAUUGAUUGUAGUCCCAAAAAAGCCUUGUGAAAAUGUUAUGCCCUAUGUAACAGCAAAGUAACAUAAAAUAAAAUUACAUUUUAUAAACCA